AUGGCCAACAAAGAUCUUCCAUUUCGAGGGAGGACCCAAGAGAUCAACCAUUUCAUCGGCCUUGUUACAAGUCGUUUGAACAAACGUGCCAGCCAGGACCGUACGGAUCAUCCAUUGACUGUGAUCGCGAGUGCUCCUGGCAUUGGUAAGACAAGAUUGCUCGAGGAAACAUCACUGGCUCUUUCUCAACAUGGGGCUCUCAAGGACCACUUUAUUGUACAGAUCAAUAUCACCUUUGGCAAUGGAACACGAGUCACACUCAAGGAUGCGAUGAAUGGAGGUGUACACGCUGUCAGCAGUCGUAUACUGUUUCGAUUCUUCGAACCACAAUCAACAUAUGACAUCUUUGUCCAACAGUUCGAGAGUCAAUUUGGCUUCGGCUCAUUCUCGUCCAUCACGUCCUCAGUCUGUUUCAACAUCAUCGAGUCCUAUAUGCGCCAAUCUGACCAGUUCCAAGAUAAGGUGCAAAACAAGACAAUCUUAUUCAACAUUGGUAUCGACGAGUUCUCAUUGCUAUUCGUCAAAGACAGCAUCCUUCAACAAAGAUACCAACAAGAGAUCACUACCUACUUCAACCAACAUCAACAACAAUCCUUUGCUCAACUGAGUGAUCAAGAGUCAAACCGAAUCAAUCGUUCCUUCUUGAAGGAGGUCAUUCUUGCAGUCGUCCCUCUCCUCAUUCCAUCUGACCCCAAGGGCACCUUUUUCCAUGUCACCAUGGUAGGGACCAUUAUCACACCCAUUAGAGAUGUCAUCCAUAUCGACUCUUCGCACCCUUACAAGCGGGUACCCAUUGGUCUCCUCAGCUUCUAUGAUACUCUUUGGAUCGCUCAACAGUAUCUCUCAAACCCGGAUCUCUCGGACAUCCAAGCAGCCAAGCUAAGGAAAGUUCUGGCCUUCAUUGGAGGAUGGGCACGACCAUUGUUCAAGUUCCUCGAGGCCUAUCACUUUGACCCAUCCAAUCGAGACAGUACACUCAUCGGACUGCUUUCAUUCAUUCCCACACCUGGAUUGGAGUCAAAGCUUCCAAAUGAUACAGUGGCGAGCCUCGUGUCCAUGUCUCUGACAGCAGUCCAUACAUCAAAGAAUGAUUGGCGAAGAUCACAAUAUGUCUCCGAAGAAUCACUCGAGUCUCUGGAGAGCAAAGGAACGAUCAGCUCGCUCGUAAUGCCAGACGGCUCCCGUGUAGUGACUCUUCCUCUCAUUCUCCUUCGCAAGUACUGUGAGUCGAACCCUUUGCUUGUCCCUGUCAAGCACAUGGUUGAGCACCUCAUUAUCUCCGACGACCCGAACGCAUGGGAGGAAUUCUGUUGUCGGUACCUUUUGGCACGAAGGUCUUCCUUUGUGAUACUUGGCAAGACAUCGAUCACCAUUUGGGAGUACUUUGGUGAUGCACUGCACACGAAGAUCGUUGAUCUGAACACAUCAUUCAAUCUGUCCGCCUCAGCCGCGCCAACUUUCACCAAGCUUCAGCAUCAAUACCCGAAGAAGUACCAUUCCAUUGUGCCCGAGAAUGUCUAUCGCAAUGCUGCCAGUGCGCCAUUUGACUGGCUCCAAUGUUUUCAAACAUCAAGCAACAUGAUAUACUUCCUGUGCGAUGGCAAGCAUACAACAGUCAAUGCUGGUCUCCCACUCUCUGAAGUCGACGACAACAUCAAAGCCUGCACAGCAUCAACAGGAUCAAUCCUUCGCAAACAGGACACCUAUGUUCACUGCUUCAUCACCAAUCGAGAUUCCAUCUCAAAUGAUAUCAUCUCGAAUGCACAACUCUCGCUGCUCCCACUUUUGUUCAUCAACAAACGAAGCAGCUUCUAUCCUUGGUCAAUACGCUCCUAUAUUGACAGCCAACUGUGA